AAUUUCACACCACUCAAAUCUUUCCUCAACUCUAUAAUCUCUUACACUUCAUUCAUUCUUUUCAAUCUUUUCUUCAAGCUUCUAUUCCCAAAUGGCCAGCGUUGAUGUUCAGGUUCAAUCAGCUGCUGCAACAACAUCGCUAGAGAACGAGACAGCACCACCAGAGGUAACCAAGGUUGAACUUGAGGAGACAACACCAAAAGAGGAGCCAACCGCUGCACCCGUGGUAGCCGAGCCGGUCCCAACAUCAGAUGCUCCGCCUGCUCUAAAGGAAAGCGCGGCUCCCGAAGCCGAUACCAAAGAAGUCGUAGAAGAAGAAACCAAGGUUGAAGAGGAAGCAAAGUCAGCACCAGAGGAGAUAAAGGAGGAGACACCCGAGGCGAGGCCGGAAGCACUUACGAAGGAGGCCAAAGUCGAGACUACGGAAGCACCGGCAGAUACCGCAGCAGGAGAGGAGGAGAAACCGGACGAGGAAAAGGGAGAUGAAAAAGGCGAAGAAGUUCCUGUUGAGAAAGUUGAGGAAUAGAGCGACCAUUUUGCAAAAGGUGGCAUAGCUGAAAAGGAGUUUCUUUUUUAUAGCUUGCAUGUCAUGGUUCAUAUAGUCAUCAUAUCAUAUAUAAUAACUAAACUAUGUAGGGUAUGGGACGAUGAGAGUUUUUCUUCUUCUUUUUCUAUUGUCUUUCUUUCUUUCUUUCUUUGGGGUUUGGUGUUAGUAACAUGCCAUGUGCAUUGCCAUGCUGGGGGAAGAAACUAUGGGAUUUACAUAUUAGGUGGUAUGGAUGUAUGUAUGCAUGUAGGUGUUGUUUUGGUUACGAGAUAUGAUGAGUUUGAUAUUGUGUGAAGAGAUGAGAUGGGUAUGUAUCUCCAUAUUUGCAUAAUAAA